GAGUCCCACACAUUCGGAGACUGUCAAUUCAUCGAAACAACACUCUAUAGCACUGCGACGCCUCGAACCACUCCGACCGCUGUCCGCGGCACCACCAGGCAGCGACACGAGGCACAAUGCCGUCCAUAUCAACCCUGCUUCUAUUUCCGGCCGCCAUUUCCGCCCUCACUUUCGACUGCUCUCAUGUACGAGUCGGAGGCCAGUCGUUCAAUCUAGAAAAGCUCGGUGGUCCCAAAGAAGUCCACUACCAGGAACGCAACGAUCUUUACAUUUCCAAUACGACCUUCACAAUCGACAUAUGCGCGCCUCUGGAAAGAGACACCGACAGUGAGAAGGCGAAAUUCGAGUGCCCAAGCGGCACGCGCGUGUGCGGCGUCGAGCGUCAAUAUCAAGGAGAUAAGGAUCCAUUGGUGGACAAAGUUAUACCUAUUGCGGGCGAUUUCACUACCUCUCAUGGCUCGAGUCGAGCCCUGGAUCCCAAAUUUGAGCGUCUAAAAGGGAGCGAUAGCAGCGCGGAUUCCGACAAGGAGGGUCUGCGAGGAAAAUUGCACGGUGGAGAAUUCAAGAACAAGAAGCAGAAGGCUAUUGUUGAGUUUCUUUGCGAUGAAAAGCUGGAGGGCACGGAAGGCUUUGACAGCAAGGAGAAGAGAAGUGCGACGGACGCAAACUUAUAUGGCAGCAUGGGAAAGCGGGAAGCUGAGGACAAGGGUGAUGGUGAUGACAAGGAGAAAGAUCCGCUGCCUGAUUUGGACGCAGGCAAGAGCUUGUCAUUCGUAAGCUACAAAGAGGAGGAAGAUGUCGGUGUACUGCGUCUUACCUGGAAGACCAAGUACGCCUGCGAGGGCGCUGCGGACAAGAAGCCGGGCGGGAAGAAGACUGCUGGCUGGGGAUUCUUCACGUGGUUUCUGAUCAUCGUGUUCUUGCUUGUUGCGGCAUACAUCAUCUUCGGCUCAUGGCUGAACUACAAUCGCUACGGUGCUCGAGGUUGGGACCUUAUACCGCAUGGAGAUUCGAUCCGAGACCUGCCGUACAUCGUGAAGGAUGUUGGCGGCAACAUUGUCGACAGGCUGAAAGGAUCAGGUGCUUCACGAGGAGGAUACAGCGCGAGACACCUCGCCGUUGCAACAGACGUGAGCGAUCUGGGUCCACUCUCCCAGCCUACCAGUGGCCCGCUGGGAGACGAGCAAUGUGAAGAGGAUCCUAGGGAUGAAGGACAUGGAGUCCAACGAAAGUAUAACUGCAGUUCCGAGAUCAAGAGCAAUGUCGAGAGCACGGUGGCAUGCAUCUUUCAGGUCAUGCAGCGCAGCAACGGCGUCCAAACAUUGGCGUCUUGCCGACGAGUCGUCAAAGCCAUUGCCGUCGUGGCGAUGAAGCACCCCAGCCACGUCCGCGGACCAUCACGAAGCAGUACAUCUGGGUCCGGGAUCGCUGUGAUGGAGAAUUUGGCAGAGCCAGGUCCAGCAAGUCCCAUGGCUAUCGAUACGCUGGUGGCCAGCUGA